AUGGUUCCCAUCUUUCUCAUGGUGCGCAUCCCCAGGCGCAUGGAAUUCAUGGUCCCGGCCAUGGCCAUGGAGCUCAUUCAGCUCAGAGUCCAGCGAGUCUUCCGCCCGCUGGGUUUGCAAGUCACAUCCCUCCCGCCUCUUCUGCUAAAUCACCCUCACUUUGAUUUUGAGAUCCCAGGGCAUAUGGGCGUUGUUGGGCAUUCGAACCCUCUUUCGCAUGCGCCGACAGAUCCGGCCUCAUUUUCGUACGGAAGCAAUCUCGUUUCACCUUCAAGCAUUCACCCGAAUAGUGCCCACUUCGAUACAGGCGUUCCAAAUCAAUGGGACGAUUCUAUGAGCCAUGAUGCCAGCACUCCAAAAGUGCGGACCCCCGUUCAUCAUGUUGCCACCAAUCCCUGGGCCGACAUAGACGAGCCUACGGGAGACAAUAACGCGACACCUGCUUCUCGUCCACGAAAGACUCCUCGACCGAGACGACAAAAGAAAGAGGCUCGCAAACUAUCGGACGCUUCUCAGGGGGCUAUGAGCAGCAGUACUGGCGGGACAGCACCUUCGAUAUCCGAUGCUGCCAGUCCCAGUUCUGCGUCGCAAAACAGCCGUGCCAGUAUUGGCUCCAAAUCAGUGUCCAUGGCCUCGACAGUAUCGACAGCAUCUAGCCGCCAAAGCAAGCUCCGCAGUGCUUCUCGGACGUCCAAAAAUAGUCGAGACAAGCCCAACGACACUCCCGAAGACCGUCGAACACGAGCCUCUCACAAUCUCGUCGAAAAGCAAUAUCGGAAUCGCCUCAAUGCCCAAUUCGAAUCUCUCCUCAGCACGCUGCCCGACCAACUCCGCCAUGGGGGAAGUAGCAGCGGCAAUGGAAACGAGGAUAACGAAUCCGACCAUGCAAACGAUGCUGACAGACGUGUCAGUAAGGGCGAGGUGCUUGAAAUGGCUCGCAAGCAUAUUCAAGCAUUAGAACGUGAGAGAAAUCAACUCGAACUCGAGAACCUUGAGCUUCAUGGCAGCCUACGACGACUCAAAGAAUCAAAUUCCGAAAGCGCGACAUCCUCGUCGGGCCAAGAGAACUCUGCCGAAGCCGACACGAAUAAGGAUCCUAAGAGGGAGCGGGAUGAUGAUCAUGAUGAUGAGAAAGAAGGUUCAUAA